GCCCUGCCGGCUGCUGGGAGGCGGCUGCGGAGCUCGGCGGCCCCGCCAUGGAGGAGAGCAGCGGUAUCCGCCUCUCGGCCGAGUGCCUGGACGAGCCGCCCAACAGCCGCGUCUUCGUGGUGCUGGGCAAGGACACGGGCGAGGCGCUGAUCCGGGAGCGCUUCUCGCCCUUCGGGGACAUCCAGAACAUCUGGCUGCUGCGGGACAGGCGCACCAACGAGUCCCGCGGCAUCGCCUUCAUCAAGUUCGCCCGCAGCUCGCAGGCCUGCCGGGCCAUGGAGGAGAUGCACGGCCGCAGCCUGCUCCCCGACAGCAAGCCCAUCAAGGUGUUUAUUGCACAGUCAAGAGCUUCUGGAAGCCACCGAGAUGUUGAAGAUGAGGAGCUUACACGAAUCUUUGUUAUGAUACCAAAAACCUACACGGAGGAGGAUCUGCGAGAGAAGUUUAAGAUGUAUGGAGACAUUGAAUAUUGCAGCAUUAUUAAAAACAAGACUACUGGAGAAAGUAAAGGUUUGGGCUAUGUCAGGUACCUGAAGCCGUCGCAAGCUGCCCGAGCAAUUGAAGAGUGUGAUCGAAGCUACAGGGCCAUUUUGGCUGAACCUAAAAAUAAGUCAUCUGAGUCUUUUGAACAUGAUUAUUACAGUAAUAGCAUGAGGCCUGAACUAAGAGGAAAUACGCUUCCAUUUUGUAUGCAGCCAGAAUUUUGUAGCUUUGAAAAAGCUGAGACCCGAAUUCAAGAACCAGUCUCCAAACGCCUGUCAGUGGUAUCCCGGCUCCCCUUUAUUCAAGAACAGCUGUUCGCCCUCUUUGAUUUAGUUCCAGGUCUGGAAUAUUGUGAUGUUCAGAGAGACCCUCAUACCAAUAGCGGGUAUGCUGUGAUUCAGUACAGCACUGCUGCCUCAGCUAUAUAUGCCAAAUACAAACUGCAUGGGUUUGAGUAUCCUCCUGGAAAUCGACUAACUGUCAUUUUCCUAGAAGAUGGGAAUGAUAGCUCAGACCUUAUCAGGAAAAUGGCAGCGCAGCUGGUGACAGCCCAGGUGUCGUCAGUGUUGCGCAGUAACAGCGCAAUGGUUCAGCAGUACAGGUCGCCUCCUCAAGUAUUUGGAGGAACUUCGGGGCCACAGCUGCUGCAGCCCCAAACAGAUGCCAUACUUCCACCACCCAAAAAAAAAGUUCCACCUGACACUUCUGUGAAGGAAAGGCUUUUCAUACUUUUUCAUCCCCAUCCUUUACCUGUAAAUGUACUGGAGGAUGUGUUCUGUCGUUUUGGACAGUUGAUAAGUGUUUAUCUUGUGGCUGGAAAAAAUGUGGGCUAUGCCAAAUUUGCAGACAGAGCAAGUGCCAGCGAGGCCAUAACUGCAUUACAUGGCAAGAUUGUGAAUGGUGUGAGGCUGAAGGUGAGGUUGGCAGACUCGCCCUCGGAGGAGCCCAACAAGCGCCAGAGAACUUACUGAGCAGAAACUAAGUAAUGACAUGAUCCUCAGCUAGCUGACUGACUGACUGAAAACGUGACUAGACAUGCUUCCUGUGGACAGUGACAGCUUUUUUCAGUGACAACUUUUUUUUUUCUUAAUUGUUACUUAGUUAAUCCAUGAUCCUUUUUCUUUCUGAAUAUGCAGACGUGCAGUUUUGAAAAUUAUAUAGGCAUUGAAAACUGUAAACUGGUGGUUGUUCUUGUAAUAGUACAUAACCUUGUAUUACAGAAAUAGCUCUUGUUUUUACCUGAAUCCUUCCUAUAAGAUGGAAUUUACAAUGAUGGAGAAAAUAAAGAAGCCAGCAUUUUCUGACUUGACUGGUUAAUUGAUAAUGAUUCAGAUUCUGUU